AUGUCCGACUUUAAGCAUGUUGUUGAGGAGCUUCUGCUCAAAACUAUCAAAUCAUACCGUCACUUUAUGUUUCCCGAGGAAUGUGCCCAACCGGGACACGAUCCUUAUUUCUCGAUCGACAACUCCAGUGACUGGAUCACGUCGCGAGGGCUCCAACUUUACUAUCAAUACAACGAAGCUCUUGACAUACCAGGGCUUGAUCCAUCCGACGCAUCUCGGCGUGAUUUGAUUGCCUUGCGCAAGGAAAUUAUUCCCGACUAUCUUUUAACGCAUCAGUUUUUCAGUCUUGAGCAUGCGGAGACAUGGGUCAAGCCGCAGGUCUUUUCAGCUUAUAAACGACUUCUCUUGCCGUCACAGCCAGUGUCGGAUCAAGAUGGUCGAUCGGACACAGACAGGCGUUCUCUGAUCGUGGAGACACAGAAUGAGGAAGGUAUCGAGCCGGAUUAUGAUCUACCGUCCCGCCCGCCCAGCUCAAUGUAUACGGGGAGUGUGUCGGAUGGCGAUCUGCCCGUUCUCAGUGAUGACGAAGAGAUUCCCUUUCCGGAAUCGUUGAUUCGACCAAAAAGUGCGACUUCAAUGUCCUCUAUUCUCUCUACCGAUUCGCGCCCAGAAAAUGACAGCGCUAUGCCAGAUGAACCUCCCAUUCUCAACAUUGAUUUGCAAUCAAGAAAAGCAGGAAAAAAGAAGAAAAUGGCAGAGCCCUUGCAGCCUGAGGAACGCGAGGGAAUGAUCCAAAUUACCCGCGAACUGUGGGUUCAUGAGCUUCGCUCUGUGGACAACAUUCCGGACACAUGGGAAGUGUGCCGUCCCGAUCAUUCCAUUGCGUGGCUCGUAGACAUGUCUGCCUCGACAGAUCUACUUCUUGAUGAGAAGGGCAAGCGCCGUAUGCUACAGACCUAUAUACGGAACGAGGUGCGUGAUCAGGACUCUUGGGGUGGGAAAGGUUCAGGUGGCAGCCUCACCGGGGACGUUAACGUUCUUGCGUUUCCUGGAACGGCCAAGAUCAGAUGCCGGCGUGCCCAGUGGGGCUGCAGCGGAGUUCGGAAGUGUGAAUUUCUCGAUCCGUCUAUCCUCGCCAACUGUAAGCGAUAUGACGUUAACACCAUAGAGAAGGAAAGUCUAUGGCAACUUGUCCUCAAUGCCAAUGAACGUGAAGGGGAGUCUGAAUGGGCCGUGAUUGCCAGAUUCUUUCGCUUUGUAACAGAGCUUAAAUGCAAAGCGAAGCGCGGAGGCAUCGUGUGCAAAGGUCACCUGGAAAUGAUUUCCAGCAACUCAAUUUUUCUGAACGGAAAGCAAGCAUUCAUUGGAUGCAGCGGCUGGUCAGCUCAUGCGGACAAUCGGAAGAAUCACAUCUUCCAGAAAAUCCCGCCGCAUGUUAACAAGGAUCUCCUCCGAUACGCCCUGGAUCAUGGCGGUCUCCUUCCCAAUUCGCCAGAGAUCAAUGGUGCCUGCUGCUUCACGUCGCACCCAAGGUUUCGUUUGCUGAACUGUGGAUACUCCCAUGUCGUUGACGGACAAAUUCGGAUAGGGAAGCUGGAAACUCAUCCAUGCCCAUCUGAGAUCCUCGUCUUCACACCUGUAGACCCCCCUGCAAAUCUGGCAGACAAGACAAUCGUCUCAUUGGAUCGACAAAUGCUGAACAAAGCAAUUGACGCCGCCGGUCUGGGAGGGUUGACUGUUCAAAAGCUGCUUAAUGCGUCCUCGACCCACGAGAUCUAUCAGGGCCAGCGUGUGGCAGAGCACAGCCCUGCCUUCCAGGAUCACAGACUCGUUCGAGAGGUCAUCAGCCGAAAAAAAGCCGAAAAACAUCCAGUCGGAUCUGGUUGGGAAGGUGUCGUCCAUCGCUACAACACUGUUGAUCGAGGAUUACCUCCCAGCGAGCGCUACAUACACUCAGUCAUCAGCAAACGUAACACACGACUGGCAACCACCAUGAACGCAUUAAUUGCGCGACACGCUCACAAAAUGCGAGCUCUGAUGUUUGAUUAUGCAUACAAGCGCAUUGAGGGCUCCAUUAACGAAUGUGAGGCUGUAGGUUACUCAGAGAGCCUUUCUCAGUGCAUCACAAUUGGCAGCACAUACGGCGACGGCGUGGAUGCUCUCUCCUAUGAGGAGAUGUUCACUGAGUUUUGGGACGCUGUUCAGAGCUCCACUGGUCGUAUUCUAAAGCUCGCGCCAUUUUAUCCCGAUGCGAAGCUCAAAGUGAUUGUUCUUGAUGGUGAUAUCGCACAAGCGCAGGGGUUUGGAGCAUUCCUUGUUCGCUACAACAAACCUCAGAUCAGCGGCAUCACCUCCACUGAUCCCUUCAAACUGAUCUCCUACUGCCUCAAGAUGUGCACGGUUCAUUUUCAUCGACAUAUAAACGAGCUUCCGAAGUCGAUCCCAGUCUCAGUGAUUGGACGUGUCAAGUCUAUUAUGACCUUGAAGACUCCCGAGGAUAUUGUUCAUUGGCACAGCGACAUGGCUGCACAAACCGAUCCAGACCUUCACAAUUGGUAUGAGCAUAAGAGACGGAACCCUCUUGUCCUUCGUGCAAUCAAUCAGUCGCUGUCGAAUAUCCCCGCUGAGGUGUGGAACACGACUCCAGACAAUACCAACUAUGUUGAAUCGGCACACGCGACGCGCAAUGCUGAGACAUCAACUAGACUGACGCCAUUACGUGCCGUCGAAGCUGCGGAGGAGCGCGAUAAAUUGCGUGCGGCUGAACUUGUUCAAAUCGAGCAAGAAGGUAUUGGUCGAAAGCGGAACAAUACUCUUUUCAAUCGUGAGAAGCUGGCGCUUCAACGUCAGAGCUGGAAAUCACGUCAAGAGACUGAGCGCAGGGAAGGCCUUGAGACUCUACAGAGUCUCCAGGCAGACCUUGAUGCAGUUCGCCAAGGUAACAAGGACUCUCUCGAACGCGAUAGAUCCAUAAGGGACAGGAUUAGAGCGAUACAGACGGACCUGGACAUUGAUCGCCGACGCCAGGAUCUCCGUGUGCAAAUCAAGGCUUUACAGGAUGAUUUGGCGACGGAGCUCAGCUUGCGACGGGAUUUGAGGCUGCAGAAGGAGGACAUUGACACACGCAUCAAGGCACUGCGCUCAACGUCCUUGGCGGGUGUACAAAUACGUGGUCGACGCCCUGAUAGCUUUUCCACUCUCGAAGCAGUGGAGGACGGACUCGGAGAUAUCGGUGGAUCCCUUCCAGCUGACACUUUGGCGUCAACCAACAAUUUCCCCACAUCAACCGACGAUUUCCCCGUGUCAACCGACGAUUUCCCCGCAUCAUUCGAUGAUUUCCCCAUGUCAGCCGAUGAUUUCCCCGCAUCAUUCGAUGAUUUCCCC